AUGAUCGCUCGUACGGCCAUCACUGCAGUACUUGGCGCCUUCCUGUUGCUCUGCCUGGCCGCAUUUUCCUACGUGACCCGGUAUCAGCAGGAGCAAGCGGUUCUUCUUUCAUCGCAGCCUGACACCUCCAACAAGGACAACGUGAUCGCUCUAGUGCACGCGCUCGCCAGGAGGAAGCUGAUGAAACACUCGUCGUCCUCGACAGAGCGAGAGAGAGAGGAAAAGAAGGAGGCCAGGGAGGAAGAGCUUCAGGACUGCGCUCCUUUCUGCGACCUCGGCCGAUCGAUGAAGCAGAAGGGUAGGAGUGGAGGGCUGCAGGAGGUUGGAGGGGAGGACAGUUCGUGCCCCUCCUGCGGCUCCGGAGCCUCCCAGCAUGUCUCCCUCAAGCAACUCUCUGUCACUCGUCCUGCUGCCCACAAGAAGCUCACCGCUGCUGACCGAAGGAAGAUCGCGGAGGCUGCAAAGAAGAUCGAAUCCUCUCUCGCUGUCUCAAGCUUGCACGUCCCCAAAGACGUCAAGGAGGAGAUGGCAAAGAUUCGCUCCUCCGGCACAGGAUGGAAGGCGCUGUGGGGGAUGGGAAAGCAGAAGGGGAUCACACGGGACGACGCGAGGUUCGAGUAUCUCGCCGGGAAGUCAGUGAGAUCGUCGACGGUGAGAGAUCCGCUGGCGGCAAGAGAUCCCUUCACACAAGACUUUCACUACUAG